AUGAGUCUCUCUUUCAUCGAAAUAUUUGCGAUAGUGAUCGCUGUGUGCCUUUGUGCACUUGUGUCUCUUGCUUGGCAUAUUCACCGACAACACCAAAAGUAUGAUCACCUGCCGGGACCUACCAGAGACAGCUUCUGGAGUGGCAACCUUCCAUCGAUCCAAAAGGUGAUUGCUGAUGGUGGUAUUUUAGAUGACUAUUUACUGCAAAUGUCCAAGAUUCACGGGCUCUUAUUCCGAAUAUACUUUUGGAACCAGGUUUUGGUCAUAGUUUUAGAUCCGGAAUAUAUCAAGGAUGUACUGGUAACAGGGAACCAUCCGAAAUCUAAACGAUUAUACUCAAAGUUCGUGAACCUGUUUGGUACAAGGUUUGCUGGACAAGGAUUAGAAUCAGUGAUAGAUCGGAAACUUUGGGCAUCGAUGAGGACACACCUGGACCAAUGGUUCAAACCACAUCACAUCCGUCAAAAGGACUCGGAAUUCAACGAGUUUGCUGAUCGUUACAUAGAACAGCUGGAAAAGAAUGCAGACGGCAAAACAGAGAUACAUACGUUGAAUACGUUUAAUAAACUGACAAUGUUUUUGUUGUGUAAGCUGGCAUUCAAUCUCGAUAUGGGGCCAUUGGGUGGAAAGAAUCAUCCCUUUCUCGCAAACAUGAGGACAGCCCUGUCCGGAUUAGCGGAUGCGCUGCAAAAUCCCCUUUUAGCUGUAAACCCAUUUAAAUGGAGAUAUCGUCAGAGUGUCCGUAAAGCAAUUAAUUUUCUCAGAGAUCACGCUCAACAGGAGAUUUCAGAAAGAAAUGUGGCGAAAACUAAAGGCGAUUAUAUUCCAAGAGAUCUCUUGGAGUACAUAUUGGAACUGAAAGAAGAUCAACCUUCAAUAAUGACGGACGAAAUAUUAGUGGAUAAUUUUUUGACAUUUCUGGUCGCAGGACAGGAAACAUCUGCUAAUACCUUGAGCUUCAUCCUUUCCCUUCUCGGACAGAACCCAAAAUGUUACCAAAAGCUACAGAGCGAGAUUGAUGAAAACAUAGGAGCAGUGUCGGUGAUCAACGUGAAUGAGCUUGAGAAACUUCCCUAUCUCGACAUGAUAUUUAAGGAGACUCUCCGAAUUUAUCCGGUAGCUAAGGUUACCUUUCGUGAGACAACGAAGGGCAUCAGCAUGGGAAGUUAUCUGAUACCCGAGGGAACCGACAUGUGCGUCAGUUUCUAUGCGACGUCCAGGGCGGAACAAAAUUUUACAAACCCCACAGAAUUUUUACCGGAACGAUUUGACGGAAAUAGCUCAGAGAAAUUUAGUAGGUAUGCCUACACGCCAUUUUCAGCUGGACCCCAUACCUGCAUCGGGAAGAAAUUUGCAGAGAUAGAGAUCAAACUCGUGAUUGCCAAGAUCAUGCAGAAUUUCGACUUUGAACUGUCUCCUGGUCAAAGCAGUCAACUGAUUGAUAACGUCCUUGUACAAGCGAAAGAUGGAGUCAAGUGUUUCUUCCGUCCAAGAAGAACAGUAUCGGCUUAACGGCAACAAAUUAAGGGCAAUGAAGUUGGAUUUAGCUUUAAAACGAAUAAAACAGAUGCCUACAUAAUCCUAAAUAGUCGAUACCUAAUCGCGUGCCUUCA